CACUAAACAGAUCAAAAUGACUAGUCAGUUCGAAGAAGAUAUCCACGACCGAGGAGAAUGUAAGAGUAAAUCGCCCACUCUGCUCUCCUCCUAUUGUAUAGACAGUAUUCUGGGCCGACCGAGCCCCUGUAAAGUCAGGCUGAUAGGGGCGCAAAGUUUGACAGCUCUACCCGGGAGACAGGAGCACGACAAGCAGACCGAAGAUCCCCUAUCCCUAGACACAGACAUGCACCUUCCACCAAAGAUGCGCCGGCUCUACGGACCAGGGGGGAAGUACCUGGACCACGGCCGGGGUUUAGUUCAUGACAUAGGGGAGAAAUUGGACAAGGAGAGGCUCCUGGUGGACCAAGCCUGCGAAAGCCUCAAAAUCAUCCAGGCUCCACAGGUGAGCAUCAGCCGGAGCAAAUCGUACAGGGAGAACGCGUCCCUGAUCCGGGGAGAGGGAGGCCAGAGUCCCACCGAAGGGCCGGAAGUUGGGCCUGGACUAAGGCUGGGCGAGUUAGGGUCGAUGAAGUUUGACGAGGACGCGGGAAAAGAGGAGGAGAGCUGCGGGGAGACGAUGGGUCUCUCCCCGAAGGACGACGAGAGGGAGAGCCUCCACGCCGGGGAUGGAGACGUGAGGGACGGCGAGGACAGCGUGUGUCUGUCGGCAGGCAGUGAUUCGGAGGAAGGAAUGCUAAAACGCAAGCAAAGAAGAUACAGGACUACAUUCACCAGCUAUCAGCUGGAGGAGCUGGAGAGGGCUUUCCAGAAGACACACUACCCCGACGUCUUCACCAGAGAAGAGCUUGCGAUGCGGCUGGAUCUGACCGAGGCGCGCGUCCAAGUAUGGUUUCAGAAUCGUCGUGCUAAGUGGCGUAAGCGUGAAAAGGCAGGUGUCCAGACGCACCCCUCUGGACUCCCUUUCCCUGGCCCCCUGUCAGCCGCCCACCCCCUCAGCCACUACCUGGAUGGGGGUCCCUUUCCCCCACACCCUCACCCUGUCCUGGAGUCUGCCUGGACAGCUGCUGCUGCCGCAGCAGCUGCAUUUCCUGGUCUAGCUCAUCCCCAUAGCAACCACUCAGGCCAGCACCUAGGGACACCGCUGGGCCUCGGAACAUUCCUGGGUACAGCCGCUAUGUUCCGUCACCCCGCCUUCAUGGGACCCACCUUCGGCAGGCUCUUCUCCAGUAUGGGCCCUCUGACCAGUGCUUCCACCGCCGCUGCACUCCUCCGCCAGCCUGCCCCGCCCGUCGAGACUCCCUCCAUCCCUCCGCCAGUCCUCUCCGAACCUUCUUCCUCCUCUCCCUCCUCCUUAGCUGCAGCGGAUCGCAGGGCCUCCAGUAUUGCAGCUCUGAGGCUGAAGGCUAAAGAGCACUCUGCUCAGAUCACCCAGCUCAACAUCCUGCCCAGCGGAGCUCCUGGGAAGGAGGUGUGCUGA